AACCAGCGGCCUUACUCUUGACAUAUUAACUUGACACUCGAUCUUACACGGGACAUUAACGCUCGAUUAAACACAUAAAAAAUAAGCCCCAGUCUGUCGCAACUUCAUAGUAAAAAAUAAAUGUAUGAAACGAGACCAAAUUUUAAUGGUGACUAUAUUUGUCUCGCUCACUUUCUUAGUGUUCCUCACUCCCACCCACAAUGUCAUUCGAAUCAUUGUCUAUGCGCUCUGUGUCAAUCAAAUAUUACCGGCGGUAUCAUAUUUUUUAGGUGAAAAAGUGUUCAUUUACCAAGUGUAUUACUGCAAAUAGGUGUUUCAAAGUGUUUAUUCGGAUUUAGCGUUAUUCAGAACAUUUUAUUUAUAAGAAUGGCUUAUAGAAAAUGUGUAAUAUGUGGUUUGAGAUCGGAGCGUAAAGAUGGCAUAAAACGUUAUUUUAUAGCUAGAUUUCCUCUAGAUGAACGUCGGUGUAAAGAAUGGGUAAAAAUGGCAGGAAAUGAGGAUCUAGCUUAUUUGCCCAUUGAAAAACUUAAUCAGUUAAAAUUCGUUUGUGGAAAGCAUUUUAAAAAUAGCGAUUUUAAGAAAAAAGGAACACAGCUGAAGAAAACGGCUGUACCAUCAAUAAGGCUUACUUCUAAGCCACUUCCAGACUCCAUUCUGGCAGAAUUUCCCUGUCACCUUUUCAAAGAACAAGUCUCACGAGAAGAUGAGCCAUCAACUUCUUCUAUUCCUCAACCUCACGUUCCACCCAUUUUAGAACAACCGUUACAUUCUUUUACUCAACACGAAGAAAUUGCUACGAUUGAAGAAGCCUAUCAUAUUUUUAACGAAGAUGAUGUUCCGCCAGUGCAAUACACCGUGAAUAUUACUACAAGUGAACAAUGCACUAUUAAGAAAGAUGUUCCAUCAACAUCUUCAAUGGAUUUUCUACCAAUAAAAUCAACAGAACUUACAUUAGAUGGCAGCAAAAAAGCUGCGCAAAUAAAGAGUAGGCGACCAGAGAAAAUGUACGAUCAAAAUGUCUCUCCACGAAAAAAGAAACUAAUGAAAAAGGUUGAACAUUUAAAAUCGAAAAUGAGAAUAUUUAAAAAAAAGGCAAAAAUGUUCGAUAAUAUUGAAUCAAAAUUUCUUAAGACGAUGAUGUUUUCAGCAAUUAGAAAUCAAAAUCGUUCUGUUCAGGGCAAACGAUGGUCUGAAGAUGAAAAAGCUUUAGCCAUAGCAAUGUAUAAAAAAUCACCGAAAUUAUAUAGGUAUUUAAGACAUUUGUUACCCUUACCUAGUCCAAGGACUUUACAAAAUGUUCUUAGUAAGAUGCCAAUACAUCCUGGAUUCAACAAAGUAGUUAUUGAUCAUCUCAAAAGAAAGGCAAAUGAAUUAUCGGGUAAAAAUAAAACCUGCGUUAUUUUAUUCGAUGAGAUGUCUUUAAAAAAGAGGCUAAUCUUUAAUUCUGCUAAUGAUAAAGUUGAGGGUUAUGAAGAUUUAGGAGAACAUGGUCGAUCGGGAAAUUUAGCUGAUAAAGCUUUAGUUUUAUUAUUACAAGGUGUGCAUAAAAAUUUUAAGCAGCCGCUUGCACACUAUUUUGUCAAAGGUACAAUAUCUUCAGAAAAAUUAGUAGCCAUUAUUAAAAAUGCAAUAAAAAUUGUUACCGAAAUCGGGUUUAAAGUAAUCGCGACUGUCUGUGAUCAAGGCCCAACGAAUGUUGGUGCUUUAAAUUUGCUCAAAAGUUAUCUGGACAACCCGUUGAUAGUAACUCUUACUUGGCGCAUAAUGAGAGAGUUUAUAUAA